AUGUCCAACGAGAGGGGUGACUAUGUCAUCAACUUUCCGGAUAGCCCACGCGUCGAUCGCGACGCGAUAUCUAAGUCAGGCUCCCUUCCGCGUAUGCCCUCCAGCAGAUCUGAGUCAACAUCAAUCGGCGCAGGGCGGAUCGAGAACAGCCCUGUUUUGUCUAUCAUCGCCUACUGCUUGUCGUCCAUCAGCAUGACGGUUGUCAACAAAUACGUGGUAUCAGGCAGAGCGUGGAACCUUACUUUUCUCUACCUCGCUAUCCAGGCCGUAGUUUCCACCAUUGCCAUUAUUGCGGCGAAGAGAUUGCGGCUGACCAACGCUCUGUCUCCCCUUGACCCCGCCAAAGCAAGGAAGUGGUUUCCGAUAGCAUUUCUUCUUGUUGGCAUGAUAUACACCGGCAACAAAGCCCUUCAAUUUCUGUCCGUCCCGGUGUAUACAAUUUUCAAAAACUUGACUAUUAUUGUUAUCGCAUAUGGCGAAGUCCUGUGGUUUGGCAGCAAGGUCACGCCGUUGGCUCUACUUUCAUUUGGCUUGAUGGUCUUGAGCUCGGUUGUUGCCGCGUGGGACGACCAGAAAACCGCAGCUCAGGUCUUGAACACAAAUGACUCCGCGAUUGCAUUGUCUACCCUCGACCUCGGAUAUACUUGGAUGGGUCUCAACGUACUCUGUAGCGCCUCAUUUGUUCUUUCCAUGCGUAAAGUUAUAAAGAAGAUGCAAUUCAGUGAUUGGGACACCAUGUUUUACAACAAUCUACUAACGAUUCCCAUUCUGGUCACUUGUUCUUUUCUAACCGAAGACUGGUCGGCUGUCAAUCUCGCAAGAAACUUUCCUGAGUCAUCGCGGAAUAGCAUCAUUGUUGGCAUGAUAUACUCUGGAUUAGCUGCUAUUCUCAUCUCGUACAGUUCUGCAUGGUGCAUCCGAGUCACUUCGUCAACGACAUACUCUAUGGUGGGCUCUCUUAACAAGUUGCCGAUUGCUAUCAGCGGCUUUCUCUUCUUUUCAGCCCCCGUCACGGCGGGCGGUGUUUUGGCGAUAGCAAUUGGCUUCAUUAGUGGCAUGGUAUACACCUGGGCGCGGAUCAAAUAG